AUGCGGAACGCAAACGACGCUCGACCGAUGUCCGGAAGCGGGCGGCUCGAUGACGAAUCGGAGAAAUCUCUGCUGGACACAGCAAACGAAGACGAUGACGGCGAGCUACGUGGUGGUGAUGAUGGCGGUGAUGGUGGUAUAAUAUCUCGAACAAGACGAAUCCUUAUUCUGGUUACACUGGCUGCAGCCACUAUGAGCGGAGAUCUCACGUCUAUGCAAUCGUUCUACACCACGGCAGCUCUGGCCAAGAACCCCGGGGCAGGCCCAGGGUAUCACACAGCUAUUGGCGGCGUGUACAGCGUUUUCAUGGUGACAGGAGCCAUCACCCUUCCAUUCUUUACUAAAGAUCUGCCCAACAUCGGGAGUAAAAAUCUGAUCGUCCUCAGCCACUUCAUCACAGGAUCAUCACUCCUAGUAUUCGCCAGUGUCACUACCAUCACCGACUGGCGGAUAUUCAUUCUCUACUCGUUCGCCGUACGGAUUUUGCUGGGCGUUGCGUACGCAAUGUCCACGUUCGCCACAAUGACGUAUCUGAUCGCAAUGUACCCGGCGAAUCUUGGCUUCGCCACCGCGUUCCAGAUGGGCUUUCUGGCAAUCGCCCACGUCAGCGGGGUUAUGCUGGGCGGCGCACUGUACGAUAUCGGCGGCUUUGCAGCACCGUUUCUGUUUGGCGGUGCGGUCAAUGUAACGGCCAGCAUGGCGCUGUUUAUUUCACUUGCAGAUAUCGACGAUGUACGCAGCAGCGCGCAAAAAUCUCAGACGGUGAAGGUGGUGGGCGUUGGUUCGAUAUUGCGUUCGCCGUGGGUGUGGGUGAUGGUGUUCACUCUGCUCAUGUCGAACAUCGGCAAUGCCGGCGUGGAUCCUGUUCUUGGCCCGCGCAUGCGUAGCACGCUCGACUCCCCUGCUGUGGUGACCGGUGCGGUGAUCUCGGUCAAGGCAAUAGCGUCGACCGUAGCGUCACCAUUCGUAGGCGAUCUGCUGGACAAGGGAGCCAAUGCUCCUUUACUCAUCAUGCUGGGCAUGCUGUGCGAGACACUGGGACUUUCCCUUAUCGGUCCAGCUGUGUUUGUACACGAGAAGGCGCCGCCACUAUGGCAGUUAUUCGUUGGGGUUCUGCCGCUUAGUCUGAACCAUGUGCUGAUGCAAGCAGCUAGCGUUGUCAGCAUGUCACAACAUCUGGAGGGUAUUGGCGUGGGAAGUGCUGCUGGGCUGCGUGUCGCCGUGGCUAGCCUAUCGCGCUUUUCUCUGACCAUCGGCUACGGACUUGGGUCUGUGAUCUUCACAUCAAUGGUGGCUCUCCUCGGCUUUCCCCUGGCUAUGACGGUCAUUGGUCUAGUGUAUGCGGGAUUGGCUGUUCUAAUGCUGCCACUAUCCUGGCUGCACCAUGUUGCUCUAACGCUUGCACACAAACAAGCUGACACUGUGAACACAGACUCCGACGAUGAGGACCUGUAG